AUGUUAGAUCCUUCGGCGAGUCGGCGCCAGCAGCCCAUGGACUCGUCCGCCGUCUACUCCCACUCCCGCACCCGCACCGUCUCCUCCAACACCUUUCCUCUGCCCAUCCAGAGCCCGACGCCGAUGCACCUUGCCCACGCACAAGGCCACCCGCAACAACAUAGCCGCCGCUCUCCCUCCGUCAACACCUUCAGCACCACGUCGAGCGUGCCCCCUCCCGCCGCCUACCGCACCUCUCCCACAACAGACCUCCGCCGCUCGACGUCUUCGAGAUCAGGCGGCGGCUCUCCCCAGCCCACAGGCUACGUCGCCCUCCUCCGCAAGCAGAAGGCGACGGUAUGGUGCGAUCGUGCCCAGUACGAAGACCCCCGCCUGCUGGCCCAGCAGCGUGCCGCCAAGAUGCGUGCCACCCUCGAGGUCAUCGGCGGCCAGCGCACCUCCUCCGGCCUCGCCGCCCCCAGUGGAAGGACGAGCACCGGCAUCUCUGCUACGGGCAAGGUUGCCGCCAAGAUCCGCCACCACGGCAAGCCCGGAGUCGUCGGCUACGCCCCGGACCACCACGUCGGCGUCGGCGGUGUCCCCAUGCGUCUGUCGGCGACAGAGGUCGAGGGCGAGGACAGCGACGACGACGACCCGCGUCUGCACCACCGACGCACCGGUAGCAGCGGCCGCAGCAGCACCGCGAGCCGUCGUGGCCCCGGCUACAGGUCUUCUGGCGGCCUGGGCAGCGGCAGCGGGAGGAGAUGGAGCCCCGGUGACACCCCCGAGAGGACCGGCAGCCUGGUUGAGGAGAAGCAGGAGGACACGCUGGGCGACAAUGCUAGUGGCAGGGCCAUGACGACUGGGUCGUCCGGAAGCAGCGCCGAGAGGGCCGACAACGUGGGCGAGCUGGGCGCCCUGGGCCACGAUGCCGCCAGGCUGGCCAGCAACUCUCUCAUGCAUUCUACCGUCACCCGCGAGAAGAGCGUCAAGGGCGCCGACGAUCUCCGUAGGAGGGGAAGCGUCGACGAGCGCACCUCGACGCUCACGGGUGGCCGCCUCUACAUCGCCAACCCCGACUAA